GCCGUUGGCAUAUAAACGGCCAGACGGUGGCACUGCCAAGGGUCGGGUGGGCUGUUUAUGAAUGGCCUCCAGCACCCUGCUUUGUGCGCGCUCCCUGGGAGCCUGUCGCAGCACCGCGAUCCGGUGCCCGCUGUGUCCUCCGGGACACAGUGAAAACACAAUCGUCGGACGGGACCUCUGUACGAGGUCCUGACCAUGUGAUCACUGAUUGGCCAAUCAGUGAUCACAAUGCAAAGUAGUAAGCAAAGGAUGUCACUUGUGACAUCAUUUGCUUACUACGUGUGAAAUCUGUGAAUGAUCACAGAGGUCACAUGGUACCAG